AUGGGUGGCCAGAGCAGAGAAGGCGGCAAGGCCAAGCCCCUCAAGGCUCCCAAGAAGGAGAAGAGGGAGCUUGACGAGGAGGACAAGGCUUUCCUCCAGAAGCAGCGUGAACUGGAGAAGGCUAAGAAGGAGCUUGCUGCCAAAGCCGCCGGCAGAGGCCCUCUGAGUGUGGGCGCCCACGGUAUUAAGAAGUCUGGCAAGAAAUAA